AAAUAUAAUUUUUAAAUUUUAUUAGUUUAUCAAAGCCUAAAAUAUUUUUAAAAUUUUUACCCACAGCCUCGUUUGCAAACAGUCCUCAGGUUUAAACGCGUGGAGUAUACGACUCAUUUCUUUUACUUCCAAGUUAUUCCUACCUCGUCUUUAAACCGUUAGGCAAUCCUUACUAUAUACAAAAUGGUUAGGGAAGACAGGAAAGCAUGGAAAGCGAAGUACUUCGCUAAAAUUGAUAAGAUGUUAGAUGAAUUUCCACGAUGUUUCCUCGUAACUGUAGACAAUGUAGGAUCUAAACAAAUGCAACAAAUUCGAAUAGCAUUAAGAGGAAAAGGAGAAGUUCUUAUGGGUAAAAAUACGAUGAUGCGUAAAGCCUUAAAAGCUAAAUCUCAAAAGAUUCCUGGUCUUGAAAAAAUUCUACCAUAUCUUGUUGGAAAUAUUGGCUUUAUAUUCACCAAAGAAGAUUUAACUGAAGUUCGUGAUUUGGUUCUCAGUAACAAAAAAAAUGCUCCUGCAAAAGCCGGGUCAAUUGCUCCUCUUGAUGUGUUUAUUCCAGCUGGUAACACUGGUAUGGGUCCAGAAAAAACCUCUUUUUUCCAAGCACUGUCAAUUCAAACCAAGAUUACAAAAGGGACUAUUGAAAUACUUAGUGAUAUUCAUUUAAUCAAGAAAGAUGUCAAGGUUGGUGCUUCUGAGGCUGCUCUUCUUGCUAUGUUGAAUAUUCAACCAUUUUACUAUGGUUUAGUCAUCAAACAAGUUUAUGACAACGGAAGCAUUUUCAGUCCUGAUAUUCUUGAUAUCUCUGACGAUGAUAUAAUGAAGAAAUUUUAUUCAGGUGUUGCAAAUGUUGCUGCUGUUUCAUUGGCUAUUGGGUACCCAACAGCUGUAUCUGUUCCUCAUUCUAUCGUUAACGGAUUUAAGAAUGUUGCAGCUGUUUGUUUGGAAGCAGAUAUCUCUAUUCCACAAAUUGCUAAGAUCAAGGAGUAUUUAGCUGAUCCCAGCAAAUUUGCUGUUGCUGCAGCUCCGGUUGCCGCCCCAGCAGCCGCUGCUCCAGCAGCUGCCAAGAAGGAGGAAGUGAAAAAAGAAGAAUCAGAGCCAUCUGAUGAUGACAUGGGUUUUGGACUAUUUGAUUAAAUGUUGUAUAUGUAAAUCCAGUAGAUUGCUUCUGCAUUAUGUUGA